AGUCGGGAUCAGUGUGUGUCCGCGUGCGCUCGUGCGUCUUCAUGGACUGACCUACGAUGGCUGCGAGAGCGCGACUCCUCACGCUGUGUCCAGCUCUGCUUGUGCUCCUGAGCCUCAGCAAAGCGGCCGAGGCCACGGCCUCCAAGAAGGGCAACUCGGACAAAUGCAGCUCCAAGGAACUCCUGUCAAAUUCUGAUGACAAUGGGAGAAAGAAUGGAGUCACGUUCCGAAAUGACAACUGCACGCUAAACUGGAACCAGAUAGGAAAGCAUGCCAUCCAUGAAGUCAGCAACAUCACCUUCAGCCAGCUCUCCUGUGACCAGCAGGCUGCUGUGGUGGUACACUGGCUGCCUAGCCCACUCGGGAUUGAACAUGUAAAAGGAUUCCGAGUUUACCUAGAAGACAAGAACCCAGAAGGGAAGCAGUGCCAACACAUGGUCCUCAAGGAUCCUCGGCAGCUCAACUUCUCCUUCAAGAAUGUCAGGAUGAGUUCGCUGCCGUUCUCUGGUCUGGCCUUUGAGACAGACUACAUGGUCAGGAUUGUGCCUUUCCCCACCUUCAUGAACGAAAGCUAUUUCCCUCCAUCAUUCCUGCGCACUAACACUUGCGAAGUGCUUUUAGGGUCUGACAAUCUGGUCUGCAAACCAUAUUGGAAACCUGGAAGUCUGAGUGUUUCUCAGCUGGGCACCAGCUUACACGUAGUAUUUGACCAUGCACCCGCCACCUUUGGGUUCAGCACCUACUACCUGUACUACAAGUUGAGACAGGAGGGAUCCUUCCGGCUCAAGCGCUGCAAACCGGAUUCCAGUUCAGACAGAACCACUUGUGUCCUUCAGGAUGUGUCCCCAGGCACUUACACAAUUGAGCUACGUGAUGACAACAACUCCACCAGGAGACAAACACAGUACCACGUAAGCCAAGUGCACUCCCCCUGGGCUGGUCCCAUCCGUGCCAUGGCCAUCACCGUGCCGCUGGUCAUACUGUCUGCCUUUGCCACGCUCUUCACCGUGAUGUGCCGCAAAAAACAGCAAGAGAACAUAUAUUCUCACCUGGAUGAGGAGAGCUCCGAGUCAUCUGGCCACACCACUGCCCUCCACACAGAGAGACCGUGGCCCCGGCCCAAGGUGUUCCUCUGCUAUUCCAGCAAGGACUGCCCCAAACACCUUGCAGUCAUUCAGAGCUUUGCCUUCUUUUUGCAAGACUUCUGCGGGUGUGAGGUGUCUUUAGAUCUGUGGGAGCACCUGAAGAUCUGCAAAGAGGGGCAAAUGGCCUGGUUAAGCAGGAGGCUGGAGGAAGCACACUUCAUCAUUGUAGUCUGCUCCAAAGGCAUGAAGUACUAUGUAGAAAAAAAGAAUCGCAAGAGUAGAGGUGUGCCUGGUCGGGGGGCCGGGAGCGGGGAGCUGUUUGUAGUAGCCGUGGCCAUGAUCGCAGAGAAGCUGCGGCAGACACGGCAGAACUCUGCUGACCUAUCACGUUUCAUGGCUGUGUACUUUGACUAUUCGCGUGAGAGUGAUGUGCCAGCACUGCUGGACCUUGCACCCAAGUUCAAGUUGAUGGAGCAGCUGCCCCAGUUGUUUGCCCGGUUGCACUCCCGCCAGCUCCACUUGCCCGAGCGGGAGCCACAGCCAUCCAGCGUCAGCAAGCGCAAUUACUUCCGCAGUAAGUCAGGCCGAUCACUCUACGUGGCCAUCAGCAACAUGCACCAGCAUAUCGCCCAGGAGCCUGACUGGUUUGAGAAACAGCUGGCGUCGGCACAGGGGCCUUCCUCCCAGGAGCAACUGUCCCGUGUGGAGAAGUUUGACUCCGGCCUUGUGCUAAACGAGGUGGCGCUCAAGUCACCCCCUGAUGGUGACUGUCCCCUCAAGAACAGCCUGCUCCUCCUGCCACCAGCUACAGCAACGAGGCACACCUCUGUGUCAGGUCUGUGCUCCAGCUUGUCACGGGGGGAUAUGGAGGGCUCUGUCUCCCAGGAGGGUGGUGCUCAGCUCAGACCCCUGCUACAUGCGGAUGGUUCCGCUAGCCCCCCCGAAAUGCCCAGGGACUCUGGCAUCUAUGACUCAUCAGUGCCUUCCUCUGAGCUCUCCAUUCCCUUGAUGGAAGGCCUGUCCCCAGACCAGGCGGACUCCUCCUCCUUGGCCGACAGCGUGUCCUCCUCAUCCGGACUGGGAGACGAGGAACCCCCUGCUGUCAACUCUCUGCACUGCGCUGUGCCCACAGUCUGUAAAGCAGAGCUGCACCACAGCUUUGAGCAGAGUGAUGGACUUAGAGCCGCGGCACCUUUAUAGUGCCCAUAGACUGGACGUGCAUUGCCACUUUACUGCCUCGUUUUCUCACAUAUGUGCACAAUCGUGACUCGUCAUGUGCCACGUGGUCAUAUUUUUUGGGGUGAAAAAUGACUGUCCUUCUGCAGCACAGACUUUUCUCACCGAUAAGGGAAUUGCACCACAGUUUUUCAAUGUAAUUUAGGGGCCACCAUCUGUUGGAUUGUGUGAAAAGCUGACGCUAUAUGACCAAAGAGGUUACAGUUUUAUAAAACCAGGUUCCUUGUAGAUUUUGUGAUAAAAAUAUUUUAUAUAUGUACUAAAUCACCUGUAUACAAUCUUUCUGGUUGCCAUUACAUCAGCUUGUUGACUAGUGUUUUUUUAAAAACAUUUUAAAUGCUCUAUAUUGGGUGAAAACCUACACCAGUGACAUUUACCAAGAUGCGUUAGUGGCUGAGUGAACUGUCUAUAUCAAUUUAAUUUAUUUUUUCAAGUCACUCUUUACGAUGAACAAUGAGAUUGUCACCUCGUGCAAAGGUACUCCAUUGGCAUUACUUGCUGAUGCUAGACACAGUUUGUGUAAAAGCACUUUUGUACAAUUUUUGUGCUUAGAAUAUUUGUGCCUAGUAUUUAUUUAUUUUUUUUAAUUUGACAUCUUGUUUACCGUUUUGAGAUCUGCUCCCUGGAAUAUAGAAUUUAACAGUUCAAAGUGUAUCCAUACAAUUUGUUUUUCAGUUGUUAAAUAUAAAGUGCUGGUUUUGUGGUAAAAGACACAAAUCUGUCUGCAUGAAAGUGGCAUUAGUUCAGAAUGACAGUUCAAGUGCUGUUUUAUGCCCCCAUUAAUGGCUUCUUGUUGAAAAGCUACAUCAUCACCUCUGUGACGACACUGGACACACAUGGCUGUCCGUAACUGGUGUUGCUAGGAAAUCAUCCAUCUGUUUAACCUGAUGCUUUGACUGUUCCCCAUGAAAUUAAUUUUGCAGCUUGCUUAAGGAACACUUCAUGCUGGUUUAGAAUGUUUGAUUCCUAAUUAUCUUCCUAAUUUUACAUUAAUGGCUGCAAUGUUAUAAAAUUGCUAUUUUUAGUUUUUAGACCUCAAGAUGAAUUAGGUAUAUUCUUUAUACUCCAUACAUUUACC